AUGGCUCAGCCCCUGUGCGCGCCGCUCGCCCAGUCCUGGAUCCCGGGUCCCGCUCGUCAGCCCCCUCCGAUGCCUUCCCACCGGAACAGCGUCUGUUCCCCGGCCUGGUCCUCGGACUCGUGGGACGGUGCCCAGGUCGGCAGCCCCGUGCCACCCUGCGCCCGCCCGGUCCGGCGCACUGGGAUCCCCGGCAGGCGCGGGACGCACGGCGGCCGCCUGGGUAGCGGGCAGCGGCAGAGCGCCAGCGAGCGCGAGAAGCUACGCAUGCGCACGCUCGCCCGAGCGCUGCAUGAGCUGCGCCGCUUCCUGCCGCCGUCCGUGGCACCAACCGGCCAGAGCCUGACCAAAAUCGAGACGCUACGCCUGGCCAUCCGCUACAUCGGCCACCUCUCGGCCGUGCUGGGCCUCAGCGAGGACAGUCUCCGGCGACAGCGGCACGCAGACGCGGCGUCACCUCGAGGCUGCCCGCUAUGCCCGGACGGUGGCCCGGCGCAGUCGCAGACUCUCGGUCUGCAUCUGAGUCCGGCCGCCUGCAGCGGGGUGUCGUGGGGAUCCUCGUACCCUGAUCCCCGAGUCGUCGCGGAGCCAUGGGACCCAUCGUUCCUGUACGCAGAGACAGAGACAGCAUCCUUGGAAAGGCAAGAGAUGGAGCCCAGCCCCUCGUCUCCGCUCUUCAGCAGCGACGUGCUGGCUCUGCUAGAAACCUGGACGCCGCAGGAGUGGCCGCCAGCCUGAAGAGUCGAAGGGACAUUGGAUGACUGGCACCCUGUCUGAGCACAGAGACUUUUUUCCUUUUGCCUCCGCACCUUCGAAGCAAGUAUUUCCUGGAAGAGGCACCAGCGAUACCAACGUGGGCAUUCCCUGGUUGGGAGCCUCAUCUAGAACAUACCUUUUCUGCCCUCUUGGAAGGAGGGACCCAUAGGGUAAACGCUCUAAAAUGAAGCAGGAACAAGACUCUGCUUGGUGUAUAUUUAUUUAUUUGUGAAUAAACCGUCUGUGCUGGUGUCA